AUGGCGAGCCGGGUGGGGCCGAACACCACAGACGGCCUCGAAGCACCCCCCAUCCCAGAGCAGUCCGCCGCGCAGGAGGUUGUCGGCCUCCUCUGCAUGGUGCUGCUCACCAUCACCGCCUUGGUGGCCAAUGUAGUGGUGAUGGUCGUCAUCCUGAAAACCCCCCUUCUCAGGAAGUUCAUCUUCGUCUGCCAUCUCUGCGCGGUUGACCUCCUCUCUGCCAUUUUCCUCAUGCCCCUGGGGAUCAUCUCCAGCUCCUCCUGCUUCGACAGGGUCAUUUAUAGCAUUGCCGAGUGCCAGGCCUUGAUAUUCCUGAAUGUCUGCUUCAUCAGCGCCUCCAUCCUCACCAUCUCCAUCAUCAGUGUGGAGCGGUACUACUACAUUGUCCACCCCAUGCGGUACGAGGUCAAGAUGACCAUCAGGCUGGCGGUGGCCGGAGUCGUCUUCAUUUGGGUCAAGUCCGUUCUCAUCACUGUCUUAGCGUUGGUGGGCUGGCCUCAAGACAACGGGGCCACCAGUGCAAGCCGGUGCACAGUCUACUGGAGCCCCGGGGCCCACAAGAAGGCGUUUGUGAUCAUCUUCAGCAUUGUCUGCUUUGUCUUGCCCACCAUCAUCAUCUUUGCUGUCUACUGCAGCGUGUACCGAGUGGCUCGGCUGGCGUCCCUGCAGCACGCGCCCAUGCCGCCACAGGCGGCUGUCUCGGGGCACCGCUCCGGCUCCGCUGCCAGCCAAGUGACCAUCGUCACUGCCAGGAACCUGCCGCUGCCCAGGCUGAUGCCCGAGCGCUUUUUGGGAGGCCACAAGGCCAUCCUCACCUUGGUCCUCAUCGUGGGACAGUUCUUGUGCUGCUGGCUGCCCUUCUUCGCUUUCCACCUGCACUCCUCCGUCACCGCUGGCGCGGUGGGCGGUGGGCACGGGGAGAUGACGGUCACCUGGAUCGCCUACUCCUCCUUCGCCAUCAACCCCUUCUUCUACGGGCUGCUGAACCGCCAGAUCCGGGAGGAGCUGGCCCGGCUCUGGCGCAGCUGCCUCAACCGGCCCCUGGGCCAGGAGCUGUGUUUGUCCGUCUCGGAGGCCUCCGUCCAGGAAAACUUCCUGCAGUUCCUCCAGCGAGCAACGUGCACGCUGGAAACCCGCUCCAGCUGCAUCGGCCCCAGCCCCAGGAACAGGCUGGACCAGAGCAAGGUGGGCUUCCCCAUCCCAGGGCAAGUUCCUGAGGAGAGCGGCUGA